AUGGCGGCGCGGUGCGCGGCGUUGGCGCUGGCGUGGUGCGCCUGCGCCGCCGCACCCGCCGCGCCCCCCUCGCCAUCUGCGCCAGUCUCGCCAUCCGCUUCGCCCAGCACACAUCCCCCGCCCCUGCGUACUUGCGACACCCUGUUGCUGCGCAACCCGCCGCCCAUGCCUCCGCAUGUGCGCGAGCACGAGGCGGCUGUGGCGCAGACGGCGCGUGCGCUGGCCGAGCUGGUAGAGACGGGCGCGGCGGACGAGGCGCGCGCGGCAGCAUUGGCCCGCACGGCCGCACGAGCUCCGCUGCAGCCGCCGCCCGCCGCCGUUGCGCUUGGCGCGCCGCAACUGCACCUCGGCGUGCUCUAUCGCGCGGACCCGCCGCCGCCGCGCCUCUUCAUCUUCCAGCAGAACAAUUCCGUCGCAUUGCAACUCUUCUGGAGGAGCCUCGCCUCGGCAUGGAACGCAAGCGCCGUGAUCUGGUCCAACGCAUGGUUCUCGUGUGAGGAGGACGGCGGCAGUUGGUGGAGCGGCGCAGCGGCGGCGCGAGGCGCGGGCGGUGCGCGGGCGGCCGCCGCGAUCUUUCGCCGCCUGCCCGCCGUGCCGUGCGAAGAGACCAUGUACGACUGGCUCGGCGGACCGCCACCCUGCGACCCUGCUACAACAGAAUGCCGUGCCGUGCCAGUUUUUGGUUCGUCGGAGCGACGUUUAGAGUACGAGUGUGAGUGCCGCGCGGGCCAUUGGCGCGCGGGAGGCGAGCGGGUGCGCGGCGCGGCGUUAGGCGCGGGGCUCAGCUGCGUGUCGUGCACGCAGGCGGGCGCGGAGUGCGAGGCGCAAGCGCUCCGCGCGGCCUUGCUGCCCGCCAACCUUGCCGGCAUGCUGCUUUGUUUCCUUAUAGGCAUAGUCAUUUUUAAAAAACGGAAAUGUAAAGCUGUUGCGAUGGGCAUGUGGACAGUGCUGGAGGUGGUUCUCCUCGGAGUCAUGCUGAUGUACGCUUCCGCGGCAUCGCAGUUCAUAGAGGACGCAAGAUGGCGUUGCAUAGUAGGAGCGUGGUUACGCGAGCUCGGCUUCGUAGCGUGCUACGGGUCUGUAGUGCUACGCCUGUGGGUACUGCUCGCAGAAUUCCGCACUAGGAAGGCGCAUCGGUGGACUCCGAAAGAUGCCGAGGUGUUGCGCGUUGUGGGUGCAAUGCUGGCGGGGUGCGCGUGCUACCUGGCCGCGUUCACGGCAACUUCAGCGUGCGUGGAGGACGUAGCGGUCGCGGGGGGGUGCGCGCGCGCCGCCUGGCACCACGUCACCGGUGCCGCGGAGCUGCUUCUCCUUAUAGCCGGUAUUCGCACCGCGCACGCUGCAAGGAACGCUAAUGUUCCCUUCCAGGAGCGUACUUGGCUGGCUGCGGCGCUGUGGGUGGAGUGCGCGUGCGGUGUGACGUGGCGGCUGGUAGCGGCGGUGGGGACCGCGCCGGAGACCUCUGCGCUGGCCGCCUCCGUACGCGCGCACCUCUCCGCCGGCGCUGCGCUCGCUUGCGUUCUCGCGCCCCGGCUCUGGCACGGCUACCGCACUAGGUCAUUGGCGCAGGAGGUGUCGCGGCGCGGGCCGGCGGAGGGUUUCGGCGCGGAGGGCGAAGAGGAGCCGACGUCGGAGGAGGUGCGCGCCGAGCUCAAGCGGCUGUACAUACAGUUGGAGAUCCUGCGCAACAAGACGCUGCGCCGCGACAACCCGCAUAUCAGCCGGCGCCGCGGUGGCAGGAAGCCGCCGCACAGGCGCUUCUCGCUCCAGAAAAAAGGCAGCCGCGAAAAGGCCCUGCAAGCGCGUCGAGGAUGCAAGAAUAAACCGGGCGCAAACACUAGUAUGGCGGAGGCGAGCGAGGCAGGCGAUGCUUCUAGAACUCCAGAAGAUUCUGUAUGCUCCGGGGAAGGACCAUCUCAUUACACUGACGGAGAUCAAGCAUGAUGCAUCACGUGAUCUGCCAUGCGAUAAAUAUUUAUCAUUGUUGUUUGUUAGAUUUAAGUGAACGGCAAUAUGAAUUUGUUGUAUUCAUUAGAAAUU